CCCUACCCGACGUGCGACCACAUGAAGCGGAUUCCCUUCUUGAAAAGUGCGAGUCACCUUCAAAAGGCUGGCGCGCAACAUGCGUUCUCUGGUGUCUGCGCAAUUCCUUCACGUGGCUGCAUCAAGGGCGGUCUCUCUCUUCGUGCUCUCUUCGUUCCUGCUCACGGCCGUCGAUUUCGGAUCGGACAAUGGUCUGGGCGGCUACGAGGCGGUCGCCCUGGUCACCGUAAGCGCCGUCGGGGACCUGAUCUCCAGGAUAGGCACCGGCUUGAUUCUGGACUCGAAGGUGAUCAGCGGGGACGCUCUUAUGCUCUGGAGCUUCGCCAUCCAGGGAGUCUCACUGGCUGUCAUGGCGCUGGUCAAACAAUACUGGAUUCUCCUUACCAGCUGCUUCUUCACUGGUGUUACUGGUGGUGGGCGAAUAUUUGCCUGCACCAUCAUGGUUGCCGAGCUGUUUGAUGAGCGGUCGCUACCGCUAAGCCUGGGCGUCACAAACUUCGUUGCUGGCAUUAUCUGCCUUGCUCGCCCACCUCUCAUUGGUUACAUUCGGGACGUAGUGGGUUCGUACGACCUCCUGUACAUAUCAUUCGCCGUCACCAAUGCCGUCUUCACGAUAACGUGGACAGUAAGCCUGUGCUGGCACACAUUUCACAAGAAAAGAGAGUGGCAACACAUCGACGGCUUUGAAGGCGAAGAGCAGGAGACACAAAACUGAAAAGAACAUAAACUGGACGAAUACGACGUGACUGUGAUCCAUUGUGUUUUCAUCUACAUUAUGUACUAUUUAUAUUCCGCUGAGCGAAUACCUCUGAAGCAUUUAUUUAUUGUAGAAUAAA